UUGACUUUAUCCGUGUCAACAAACAAUUCGAAAUGCCUCGACUUUUUUAGAGCAGGUCCGAGUCAAAUAGCAAUGAUUCGAAGCACUUCUUUUUACACUAUUUCGGAAACCCAAGGACUCAAUCGUAUGGAUAUGGAAAAUACAGGAUUUCCAAUCCUAGCAGGAAAAGGAGGGAAACGGAUACUCAAUUUAAAGUGA